CUCAAAAGUUGCACAUGGUUUCUGUCUGAAGAGGUUUAGUUUCCUCAGGCUCUGGAUGGGAGAGGGAUGAUGCCAGAAAGCACAUGUUCAAAACUCAAGAGGAGCUUUGUUCUUCAGCACUGAUAGACUUGCAAGAAUAUUUGAAAUAAUCCAGAAAUCAGACAGUUUUUGGGUUGCACAGGUGCAUUUGCAUUUUGCCCAUAUGGAAUAACAUUCAAUGUGGCUGAAACCUGACGUCUUUGCUUUUUGUUUACCGAUUUUGAAUAUGUGGAAGUAAGACAUUUUGGGACUUUUGGGCUUUCUUCUUUCUUUGCAAAACUGGAAAAUGCUUCACGGAUGACUUUUGGCACCUCAAAGCUACAUUGCUGACUGCCUUUGUUGUUCCUGGACACUUGCUUUGUGGAAGAAAAGGUGAAGAGGACUGCCAUAUACCGCUAUCAAGUUGAACAUCAGCAAACUAGACCACAACUUGUUUGUAAAGGAUUCUUGAGUGAAGAAUCAUGAAAGACAACUAUGGUGGAUACGAGAACCAGCUUUUCAAAGAGGAGGAUUUCACUGGAGAGGAGGAAAUGCCUUCAUUUAGAGGUCGGAGCAGAGGUGGCUGUAUGAGGUGCCAGCAGAGCCACUCCCUCCAGCUGGCUAUCAAAGUCCUCUAUGGAUUUGUUGCAUUCCUCAUCAUUGUUGUGGCAGUGCUGGCGUCGCUUGUGUUCAGGAAGGUUGGCAACCUGUCUGAGGAGGAGUCCAUCUACCACAAGAAGAUUAACAGGGUUCAACAAGGAAUAGAGGCUCUGAGCUCCACCUCUAACUGUUCAGGCUGUCUGGAUGUGACUCUGUACAGCGAGGAGAUCAGCAGGCUGAAGAGGGAGUUUGAAGACAUCCAGAGAAUGAUACUGGGACAGGAGCAGGUCCUGGACCAGGCCUCCCAGACACAGGCCACCCUUAAGACCACCAGCAACCGGCUGACACGCGACAUGCAAAACCACCUCAUGUCAAUCAAACUUCUGAACCAGUCGCUGGAAAGAUACCUGGAGCUGGUUGAAGGCUGGAAGGAGGUGAUCGAGGAAACUGAAGAGAAAAUGAAGAUGCUGGUGGAUGAUCAAUACGACAUCAAAGCUACGGCACAGCAGGUUAACACUACAGUGGCACUCAGUACAAUUUGGAUAGAUGCUCUGCAGAGAAAAGCGGAUGAGGAGACCCUGGUCCUCCAGAAGUUAACCACCGAAUGGCAGAACUACAGCCGAGUUCUGAGCGCCAUCAAAUCCAACACUAGCAGCACCACACAAGCAAUGCGCUUCCUCCAAAACAACAUAGUAGCAGAUCACCAGAGAAUCGCCAUGUCCACUGAGGUGUACUACGACCUCACCCAGCAGGUGAUGAACCUGCAUAUGCAACUUGACAAUGUGACGUCUUUCAUGGAUGAACAUGAGGAGAACAUGCAUGACCUUCACUACCAUUCCAGGUACUAUGAGAACCGGACAGGUGAGCGUUUCUCUGCUUUGGAUGGUCGUCUGAACUCCAUCUCCAUGGAGAUCGACACAGUCUCCUCCAGCAUCAACGCCACCGUCAGCCACGUCCAGAGCAUGUACAAGUACAUCAACAUCGAGAGCUCAUCCUGCCAGAGUCGCAUGGGCAGACACACUGAAGAUCUACUGAACCUUAACAACUCAGUCUUGUUACUCCUCCACUUGGCCGACACACUGAGACAGCAAAACAUGUUGUUGAAUCUCCAACUGGAUGUGGACAUUAGGAACCUGUCCAUGGUGAUGGAGGAGAUGAAGCUUGUGGAUUUUCACCAUAUCCAUCUCAUAAAGAACUUUACUAUACUAAAAGGUGCUCCUGGACCACCAGGAACCAAAGGGAACCGUGGUGAGACUGGCUCAAAAGGACCCUUGGGACUGACUGGGAGCAAAGGUGACCGAGGCCCAAUAGGAGGCCGUGGAACUUCUGGAGAGAAGGGUUCGCUUGGGCCCAAAGGAGGACCAGGUGAAUCAGGAUCAAGUGGCAAUAGAGGGACAGUGGGAAUCAAAGGUGCUAAAGGGUCUCUUGGCCCGCUAGGACCACUUGGUGAGAGGGGCCAGAAAGGUGAUGUUGGCCUCUCCGGUAGAGAAGGCCCCGCAGGACCUGCAGGGCCUCAAGGGCACCGGGGUGUGGCAGGACUACCGGGCCUCACUGGGCCACCGGGAGCAGGGGGGAUACCAGGGCCAGUAGGGCCACCUGGAUCACCAGGAACCCCUGGACCUCUGUGCUUGCCUUACCCCAAUACACGAAUCAACACCCAGCAGUGGACCGUGACACCUGCUACUGGGUCCAAGAGACAGUAGAAAGAUGGACGAAGACGUGAACUAAGAGUUGAUUUGUCCAGUACAAAGAAGAAUUAUUGACAGAUGAAGGAAUGUCACCCAUUGUGACUGGAGAUGCAAUAAUCCACUUUGAUGGAAUUAUGCAAGACAAUUGAGAACUUCAUGAACAAAUGUGACAAUUCUAAUUCAAGAUGGGGCUUUUAUGACAUGGCCACAUGAAAUGAACCAAGAGGAAGAUCUAGAAAAUAGAAAACAGAACUGAACUGUUGUCGAGAAGUGAAAUUGCCCAUGUUUGUACAAAAUAUGAAUAUUGUGGUAUGUUGGAGAAAACUGCCCUCAUACAACAUAGUCUCAUUAUUAUUGUUGAUGGCUCUCUCCUUGUACAUCAUAGCCAAAGAAAACCCAAAGAUAACAAGCUCCAUCCAUAUAUAAAUGACAUAGCAUGAGAUUUUACCAGAAUUAAAAAUGGGCAUUAGAUGAUGAGAUACCAGGAAUAAACAAGCAAAAGACAUCUAUUAUUAAAGUCAUGUUGAAUGUACUGGAAGCAAAGGACAUUUUUGAGGUUGUUGUCAAGCCAUCGAAACCUCAGGGGGCGUAAUAAAAAGGGAGUCUUUUAACCACGGAUUUGGACUAAAGUAGUGGUGUUUUUCCCAUCCAGAAAACUCAAACUACAUUCCCAUGCACUUCUAUGUGGGCACAGAAAAAAACAUGUCUUUGUCUUCACAUCAUGUACACAUUGACACAUCCUUUUCUGAUGGUUGGCACUUUAUUGGUUCUUAAAGUGUGAACAUUAAAGUCAGUUUGCUUAUCUUUUAGCAUUUCAGAGCAGGUACUCUGAAGACAUGUCUUUCUUCUUCUGGGCAAAGCUUUCAUUUUUUUGAUCAGCGUUUGAAGAAGUACAUUUGCAGGAUUCAAGGCCUCUGAAUUUUUGCUCUGACGACCUUUGUUUUACAUUGUAUGCAAGAUUUGCUAUUAUUGUUGCUGUAUAAAUGAAGAAAGUACUGUAACUCUUGUUGACAUGUUUGUGAAAACAUUUUGGAAAAAUAACUAAUUUGCUUUCUCUCUGAGAGUUUGAUGAGAAGAUUGAUACCACUCUCAUGCUUGGAGCUGGAGCCAGGGGGUUGAUUAGCCUAGCUUAGCAUAAAGACUGUAAGCAGGGGGGGGGAACAGCUAGCCUAAUCUCUAAAAACAGAUUAUUUUCGGUUGACUUCGGUUGCAUGCAGGUAAACAGUCUGUGUGAAGACCAAAAGAGGUGGAAUGCAUUGGCAAAAUGCAAUCUCUGACCUCACCAGCUAUUGUCUGUUGAUAAUUUAGCUUUUUAUUAGUUAAAAAAUAGCUUCUAAACUGGGUACUUCGAUCUACUCCGAUCUUCGACGUCAUCUAUCAACUCCAUUCUUACAUCUCAAAUUACUAAUCUGACUGCAACCAAUGACAGGCCCUCGAAAGAGGAAGACUUUCCCGGAUAUCUGUUAUCCAGAUAUCCACCGGCUCCAACGGAACCCCAGAAAUAUUGGCCAGCAGCUAAAUUUCCGUCAGAUCCAGCGAUAUUGCAGCUAGCUUACUAAUUAACACAAAUUUUGUUUGUAUAAUCCAUACACAAACAGAAAUUUAAAAUCAUCUAUCAGAGUUCAUAACAGCACAUAUUGUAAAUUUGUGUCCAUAUCAAAUUACAAAAACAAGAUACAUCCUGGUAAAUAUUUAGUGGCCCCUUUCCAACGUGGUAUCAAUCCUCUCAUCUAACUCACGGAAAGAAAAUAAAUGAAUAUACAUAUUUCACAAAAUGUUGAACUAUUCCUUUUAAGAGGUAUGAAGGCUAGGAAGCUAAUGAAACUCAUUCAACACAUAAAUUAAUAAUGACAACAAAUAAAUGGUUGUAAACAUGACAAGUAAUAUAAUAAAAAAAACAUUUUUCCUCAGUUUAUAACACUUGAGAUAACAGAGUAUUGAUUUAUAAGAGGGAUUAGGUCUUAUGAUACACACACAAAUAACCUUUUAUAUCACAGAAACAAAAAUGACUUACAAAAAGGGAAAUGUAAAAUUUUUGUAAACCUGUGUUUUGUAGUGAAAUGUGACUGGUUUGCAUCGAACUUCAAUAAAGCUUUUUUUUUUUUUAACUGACUUGUGCUUGUCGGUUUCCUACUGUACUUACAAAGCAGAGUGCUAUUGUAGCCCCAUGAGGGAAACGAAGCAGCCAUUAAUUCAAAACACAUGUCAAACCCCUCCCAUUGGAUUUUUGAGGUUUUCUUCCAAUGAGUCAAAAGAUAUUCAAUUGUCUAGAUUUACUCUGUUAUUUUAACGUCGGUGCUUGUUGCAGUUCAGAGUGUAGGUUACAAAUGAAAAAAACAAGAGUUAAGGAAAGCAUUUGUCCUUGUCGAAAUACUUUUCAGAAUAUUUUAAAUGUGACAAUCAGCAAACGGUAAUGUCUGAGAAAGGCUAAUGUGGGUGUGUUGCUGGAGAAAAACUGUUGAAGCAAGUGGACACUGAUCUCCUGCUGACGGAUAUUUUCACUUUCUCGG